AUGCCUCCUCGACGUGCACCCGUAAAGCGUGCGGCAGUAUCUUCUAGGAACGCGAAGGGGUCGCAGAGACUACAUGAGGCUAGUGGAUUUCCAAUGGAAGCGACAACGCCAACGCGGAAGCUAGAAUUCGGGAAUGGGUCGGGUGUCACGAACAACGGCUCCACAUUGCGGGUUUGGGAAAAGGACAUUGCGGUGUUUCUCGCGUCCAAGCCAGGCCCUUCUCUGGUGGCGGACCCGUUGUGCCAACUGAGGUUGGGGGACAGAGAGGAGUUGAACGAGCACAGGAAGCCUGCUGGCACGGACUCGGUGACAUCUUCUACGCCCGUGCCGGCUCGUAGCCAGCUCGAGGCUCAACGUGAAACAACACGACAAGGGUGCGGUGGCAAGGGAGAUAGAAUGAGCUAUCAUAAUGGAUCCCCGUCCACCAAAAAAAUGCACAACCCCUCGCCCUCCGGAGCCACAGUGGAUGACGAGGAGGAGCGUGUGAUUAUCGGUGGGGAGGUGCCAAAUUCCGUUGCAGAUCACUUCUACCGUCACCGCCUUAUGGCGAAUUCCCCAGCUAGGGAGCGUGUUUCGUUGACCCCAAGACUCAUCCCGACACCUGAUGGUCCCAUGUGUCGGGCACAAAUGGCCUCUCAAUACACCGCGGACAUUGCACCAACGUUAGCUGUACAGGAUCUGUCGCCGUCUCGUGAUGCCGGUGGCAUUCCUCAGUAUAUUUGGACUUACGAGAGCCAGCGUGAUGCUGCUGCAGUGACUUCAGUAGCAGCCGCAGUUGCAAGAAUGAAUGGCGCGCUGCCGGAGACAAUCGAUGAUGGCUGUCUGAAGGAAACACCAACGGUGUUGAGCCAAUCUCUCCCUCUCACAGCCCCGGUGCUGGGGGACUCUAUUGAUAAGGUGUCACGUCCUUCUCAAGCCGAUGACGUGCAACAGUACAUCGAGGAGGAAGGUGAGGAAAAGGAAGCACUUGUCAUACCACCACCUCUCUCAUUGGCGAGCAGCACUGGUGAAGCGGAUGAUGAUGAUGAUGAUGACGCUCCCUUUUUUCACCGGGUCACAUCCGUGCGUGCACGUUUAGCGUCGAGAGCGGGGUCGUCGACGGCAACAUCUAAGCCUCACUACAGGGUGGGGAUGCGAGUGGAAGGUCAGUGGGGGCGAGGGUGGUUUGGCGCAGUGGUCACGGAGGAAGAGAAGAAUGGCUUUGUGCAGAUUCGCUGGGAUCAGGAUGGUUCCAUGCUGCAUCUCAAGGUGAAGGAGGUUCGCCAACCACGUGGGAAGGUAAGUAACGAUAGUAAGAGCACCGAGGACAAGCCAGCAGUGCCCCCUCUCAUGAGAGCGACACAGCUAGUGGAGCUCAUGGAUAAUGAGACACCUGUUCGCCUCCCGUCAGUAGAAAAUGAAAGAAAGUUGGGCGAUGCAGAUGGGGAUAUCUGGGUAAGUCCCUCAAUCCUCACUCUGUACCUAGCGCAAGAUGAGAAGAAUUAUUCGGCAGACUCUUCUCGUGUUCUCAAUGUGCUGGUGGAAAGAGGGGCCGUUGUGGUAAUGGUGUCCCCUUCGCACUUGGAGUUUCUUGGCGAGGAUGGAGCCCUUGCCUGGCGACAACAGAUGCAACGCAUGUUUUUCUUUGUUCUCUCUGAGGAUGCUGUAGGAGAGGGUUACGAGAUGGGCAUCACACUGGCACACGCCAUGGGUGUCUCUGCCGUUUCUGUGAAGUGGUUGCAGCGUCUUGCGUCAUCUAUUGGGGAGGAAUGCCAGCGUGUGUGUAUCCCCAAGCCACAGGAGUUGUUGGGACAGGGGAGUGACACUGACGUGCGUUGGCGACCGCUGUCGAGAGACGAGCGAUUCUUAGGCCGCAAGAUAGUUUAUCUCGCUGGGGAAGACACCGACAUCGAGUUCCUUAUCGUCGCGUGUGGCGGUGCAGUAAAGCAUCAGGCGUCCGCGAAUGGGGCCCCGUCGCCGCACUACGUAUACGUCGCCCCGGGAAGGCGGGCACAGAUUCCACCCACCGCCAUGUCGGUGGCCUUGUUGGAGAAAUCGUGGCUGAUUCACCGUAUCCAUGAGUUCUUCCUUGCGCUGCCCCCGUCGCAGCUUGUGCAGGAGAGCUGUGGUAAUGCUCCCAGCAGCCCUCUCCUUGCAGGGUUGACGGCCGGUGCCAAGCGGGUGCGACAGCAGCAGGAGGAGGAGGAGGAGGACGACGACGACGAAGAACUCAUCGGUGCACAGUCGCCGACACGACGUACGAACUGUGGGGUGAAUCGCACGCCAACUCCUCCUGGCGACGCGCUGGAGGUGGUGAAGGGUGAGGACUAUUACUUCCGUGUGGCACCGGUGGGAAGAAGCAACGAGGCGCCAGAAGUGGCGUUGGGCCGCGUUGUGUCUCUCGGUGACGACAGCAACCGUGUGAUGAUGCGUCUCUACGAGGUGAAGCACACGGUGCUGCGGCAGAACCCCUGCACAGGAGGGCUCGAGAGUCACACGACCGUCUACUUGGGGACACGCACCGCGAACGUGUCAGUGGAAGACCUCAUCUUCACCAUCCCCGUCUACGUUGUGGAUGCAUCGCAAAUGCGACACGUCUACACACUCGAAUCGCCUCCACGUGGAGCUGACGCCUCCACCGCCGCUGCUGCUGCCGCCGCCGCCGCCGCCACGACUACAGCUAUUUCCGUGAAAGAGGAAGAGGGUGUGAUGCGACAACAACGGCCGGUAGACGCGCAGCCGUCAGUGGCGCUUUGCCCCAGUGGGCCGCCUCUGGCGUCUCUGUCACGCAUGACCUACAUGCGCUCUGGCAACCAGCAGCAGCACCAGCAGGGUGUUGUGUUUAGCGAAAUUCUCAUCAACGGCUGGCGUGUGCGCUCUGGCGUGGAUGUAUACUUCCAUGACGGCUUGCCGUCGGGUCAGUCGGGGAUGUCUGCACCGGUGCGGGAGAGUGUCGGUCGUGUACAGAUGAUUCAGCGUGUAGCGUUUGGCGUGGUUCUUGUUGUGCAUAAGGCGGAGGCCAACAGUAUCUUUGGUGGGUCAAAGAUGGUUGUGAUAACUCCAGACAUGGUGACUGGUGUUGUAUAA